GCGAACUCUUGUGCCAACCACGUGGUCACCCACGCACUUCCGGUCGGGAUUGUGGUGUUUGCAGCCAUGAACUCGGCUGUGAACUGAUCGCGUCGAGCGCAUGGAAUACUCACUGUACCGUACCCCGAGGGACAUUCACCCCAGGCCGGUUCUUGGGAACUAGACACUGUGUGCACCACAUAGACGGAGAAGGUGGUGCUCUUGUUAAACACCGGCUCCGUCCACGUGUGGUCUCUCAGCUCGAUCAACGGAGCGACGUCCGGGUCCCCUCCAUUCGCCCACAUGUUACCUAAGUACGUCCCAGCGCCCGAGUCCUCGAAGACAUCGAUCACACAGUGCGAAGUGUUGAGCAUCUGCCAUCCCGUGCACGUGUGACUGUAGUAAGCCGUCACUUCGUUUGGUUGCGAACAAUUCGUGAAGGUGCAGUCCACUCCGGAGACUUCCCACUUUGGUAUGGCGAUAUUGUCCAUAGUGCGAUUGUGCAUGGGAUAGAUCUGCACCGCAGUGUUGCCUGGUGCAAUGGCAAAGCCUGUGUCCCAUAGGACAGCACGCUGGACAAGUCCCGGGAGACCGGUGAAGUCGACUUUGAUGGCGUCGAGACGUUCAGUUACCGCGGUAGGAACCGACGUGAGCUCCACUUGAUCGCUAGUGUCACCGGCCUUGUAGCGGAUGUAUAGCUGCUGUGCAAUAUCCGAGUCGGAGCCGUUGAAGACAUACGAAGAGGACGACAAAGCACUGGACGAGGAAGUCGCUUCCAGACUUCGAAACGUCACGGUUUGGCCCUGGACGAAGAGCGCAACGGCUCCAAGCAGCAAUGGGAAUGCGGACGUCAAGCGCAUGUCUGAAAAGUAAAUCUUGGAAUGGCGAAUUUCGACUACCGCGAGCACUGGAAAGUCGAUGGACGAGCGCACGAGUUGACGUUGCGGUGCACACGUUACGGGACGGUGAAGAGAUAUCACAACUUGUACCCAUCGAAUUCAGCGGCUUCUUAAACAAUGAUUGUUCGGCCUGUACAGCGCUGCUGUUGCUGACGUUGGAAAAGCAAACGCCAGUGCGCUGUCCAAGUGUGGCACUCACGGACUUAUCACUCUCUAGCUGUGGGGCCUUCUGUUCGAAUACUCCCACAGUCCCGCAUUUCAAUAGGUUCAGAGUAGAAGAAGGUCACCAUGAUGACCGUUUUUCAAGAAAAAGCUCUAUGGCGAUGGAACAGCUCGUUGAAUUUUGUCCUUGGGUAAAGUGGUCAAGCAAGUUGCACGCGCCUAAUUCACAAGUCAAUCUCAAUACAGCUCCAUCUCCGGAAACCCAACUCGUUACGAGUUGAUCCCGUCGAGCUCCAACACUCACACCUCAUUAUUCUUAGUAGCGCUGGACGACAGGAAACGGUUUGUCCGGCACCAAUGGGCUCAAAUGAUACAACGGUCGCCAGUUUACUGGACAGUGGAGCCUGGCAAUGGCUGGUGUGGAGCUGGCGACUCGCUCGUCGUGAAACUUGCAUGAAAGAGAAAAACCUUCCACGACGGCCGCUUCGCCAACAUCUCUAUCCACCUCAUUCUCGCUUUCUCCAGCUUGCGAAGAGCUCCAUCCACUCAACUCGACACCUUCGACGAGGCUCCACCAUGAGUCGAAGGCGCACUCGACGCCUGUCGAGCUCAGACGACAACGUUCCACUGCCCUUUGAUGCCACGUACUUCGCCUUCGACGGAACCAACUCCGAUCUGGCAAGACAGCUGUACUUCCGAGCCAAAGACGGUGGCUCAGUGGCAAAGUACACCAAUUUAGCACUGCCCAAGGCAAUUCAGACACGCCUUGACGACAACUAUCUCACGUGGGAUGAUCUAUCAGGCAUCGCCCAACGUGCGUUACUGUGGGACUCGGGCUUUGGCGUCACGUUAGAUAACAAGGUUGUCCAGAUAUGGACACUUGGUGGGCACUCCAUGACCGAUUUGGCUGUACCACUGGAUCAGUUCAACGCUGUGGGCUGUAAGGAGAUGAACUGCACUCAGCCUGGCACUGUCAUCAAGAGUUAUAGCAACUUUCACUGCAGUGGAGAGCAGAUGCUCAAAGCUGCUCGCUGCGUCGUACAGGACUUUGAGGAAAGCGAAUCGCUUCAUCUCGCCAUGUGGAUGACUGGAGGAAACCCCAAGGUGAUCCCGACACCGCAAAUACGGAAGCAUUCCUGGAAGGAUGACUACAGCAACGUUUCAUACGUCGUCGUUGCUGUACACACAGUGCUUGGCAACGAUGAAGCAGCUUAUGGCGAGUGCCCUAAAACCGGAAACGGUGGAUAUGGGUCGCUGGUGCUACCUUGCUACACAACUGUUAACAUUACAGAAGAGGUGAGAGAUGCGAUGGUAACAGUAGAGGGGUCUCCCUGGGUUACAAAAUGGUUACGUCAAGAGUAUUCAGACGAGCCGAAGAUAACAAGCGAGGCCUCCUCCGACAAGAACGGCGGGUUUAAGUUGGUGUUCAUCGCUCCUAUCAUCGCUGGCGUCCUCGUCGUUGUCGGUCUUGUAGCUCUGUUUGUGUUUGUGAAACGCAAACGACAACGGAACGUCGAAGCGGACGCUCUCGAAGUCUCGUUGAUCUACUUGGAGACUUGCCGUCCGAACAGUUUCAAGGAGGAACAUUCGCCUGAAAGUGACUACGUCCGAGACGCAUCCACAGCCCCAACGCUCGAUGACACGUUGACUGUAUCGCACAAAGGCGUCGACAAAACCAUCAAGUUUAAGUCGAGCACCAGCUCUGCCAGCGACUUCGAUUCCGGGUCGAAUAGUACGCUGCAAAUCCUGCUUAAAAGCGAGUUCCUGAGAGGUAAACGUCUCCCUUACGACAGUCUGAGUUUCACGAAACCUCUGUCGAAAGGAGCAUGCGGGGAAGUGUGGCUGGGUGAGUAUGAAGGCCAGCAAGUCGCCAUUAAGCGGUUGCUGCAAGUUAAAGCCCAUCGUGCGGAUGAAGUGGAGGAAUUCGCUCGUGAAAUCGAGCUGAGUGCCUGUCUGGUGCACCCCAACAUUGUGUCAUUCAUUGGUGUGGCCUGGAAUAGUCUCAACAACUUGGUGAUGGCGCUCGAGUUCUUCCCGAUGGGAGAUUUGCAGGCGUAUCUGGCCAAGAACGGCGACUUGAUGUCUUGGCCUCGGGAUAAAAUCCACAUUGCGGUUGAUGUUGGAUGUGCACUCAAGUAUCUGCACUCUCGGUCUCCUCCGCUGAUUCAUCGCGAUCUCAAGUCGAAGAAUAUUCUUCUGACAAGUCGGCUAGAAGCCAAACUCAUCGACUUCGGGGUGAGUCGGGAUCGCCAGGAGUACUCCAUGACUGCUGGGGUGGGUACUCCGUACUGGACAGCGCCCGAAGUUCUGGAAGGAAAGAGGUACACGGAGCAGGCGGAUAUUUACUCGUUUGGAGUGGUGUUAACGGAGCUAGAUACCGGCAAGGUCCCGUACCAUGACGCCUUGACAGCUGAAGGGAACAAGCCGAAGCCAUUCCAGAUUUUGACGGAUGUCAUGGCGGGCAUGUUGCGUCCUAGCUUUUCGAAGGAUUGUCCGUCCAGAAUCCGCCGAAUUGGCGUGGCAUGCUGCCAGCAGGACCCGUCUCGACGGCCUACUGCAGUGCAAGUUGCCCACAUGCUGCAAGAAGCGGACUAAUGUUGCAGUACUUGUACUUCGAAGUAGUUUUUAUUUUUUCUUAACUCCUUAAUAAUAAUUGAUAUUCCAUGGCAAA